UCUCCCACACCGCCCAUUCGCCAACAACUCUUUAGCACUCGGCUAUCCUUCCUCACAUACUCAACCCUAAACUCUUUCAUCAUGGCUCAGGACCCUAACAAACACAAACUCCACUUCUUGUCCCGCCCAGGCACUGAUCCCCGGCCACAGCCCCGCAUGUUCUUCAAUGGUGACGAGCAUGAGAUCGUCGUGCAGGGAAUCCCACGGAGAGUGCGCAUGGUGUACGACGCCGAUGGCGUGACCCCCCUGCACGAUAAUGCGAAGCGGGAGGCAAUUGUGUUCGAAAUUCACAUGGGCAACAAUGUUUGGCAGACACUCAAUGGCACCGUCAAUGGUCCCACGGACCUUCGCAACGAGGUUUACACACACAUGGGUUUCGCUGCGCCAGCAGGUGCUCAUGGGACAUGGAGUCUGUUCACACUCAUCCGUGGAGGAGUGCGCAUGGGCAACUGGGCUCAAGAACGCCAGAAUUGGCAUAACCGAGUCUACGUUCCGUAUCUUGCACAGUAUGGUGCUCGUCCCGGUGUGCAGGGUCUUGGUCUUGGAAGUGGUGGUCGUGCCCGUGUUGGUGGCGGUGGAAAUGCUGGCCGCGGCGGCGGUGGUGGUGGUGGUGUUGGUGGUGGUCCCGCUGUUGGUGGUGGUCCGGUCGCUGUCGCUGGUCGUGGUGGUCGUGGCGGCGGCAAUGCUGGUCGUGGUGGUGGUGCUGCUGGUCGUGGUGGUGGUCGUGGCGGCGGCAAUGCUGGUCGUGGUGGUGGUGCUGCUGGUCGUGGUGCUGGCCGUGGUGGUGGUCAAGGCGGCAAUCCGUGACGAUGAAUCUUUCGAACGGGCCAAACCGGUGGAAAUGCGUGUUUACUUGUCAUCACAGCCAUGAGCAGCCUGUUGCUCGGCUUGAUAGUACCAUAUUGCAGAGUGGAGAAACGUCUCCGUGCGCCAGGUACAUAGAUCAAAGAAAUGAUCUUUCACACAAA